AUGCAGACUCUCGUUCUCGAAGACGUCCCUCUGGCUCCCGGUGCCAGCCGAGAUGCUGCUUUACCUGUACUCAAACGGCUCGCUGCUGGUCAGGUUCAUCCUCUGCGGGCGCAUUGUUAUCCUUCUGCUGGGAAAGAAUUGAGCUCAGGGGUGAAGGAUCUCUCUUCUAGAAGCACUACAUUUGUGUACUACUUCGAGAACGAUCGAGACGCUGCGAAGAAGAGGCACGAGGCGUCGCGCGCGUAUCGAUUCAAAUCGCCGUUUGUGGGUGGGCUACUGGAAGCUGGUUUCAUUCAGCUUCGUCCUGGAGAUGCUGUAUUUGCCCGUCCACCUGGAGGCUCCGAAGACGGAAUGGAUGAUGUACUGCAGGUCUUGAUUCUCUCAGAUCACAAUCUGUCCUCUGCGGAACUAGGUCAAGAUCUGCGCGAAGCACGCGACGAACUGCUUGGACCGGUAUGCGAUAUGGGCGCUGAUGUACCUAAGGAUGGGAGGGGGGGGACUGCGUGGGAGCGCUCCGGAUUUGCCAACCCUGUAGAGAAAGGAGCGAGGGCAUAUCCAAUCCUUUCAACUGUGCAAAAGGGUGCUGGCAAUACAGUUGGGCCGGGGCAGUUUAUGAAGGUCUCUCCUGCAAAUCGCGACUGUGAUGGGGUUCGUAUGCGCUCAAAAGCGUUGAAGGCUGUUGUGAACGCAUCUGUUGCGGCAUCCAAGUAUCUGCCUCUUCAGUAUCAACGGGCCUUCAAGCAGCAAGCUGAUCUCGUCAACGCCCCACGAUUUGUGUCAGAUGAUAAUGACCACUUCAGCUCUGUUCAGGUCAACUUGGCGCGCCCUGUCCCGUUGGAAACCGGUAUGGCCUUUGCCAUCAGUCUCUACGCGUAUAUUAACCAGGUAACGGCUUCUGCCAAGGGUGAUCCGGAUGUGCUAACCAGUAAACGCUAUCUUUCCAUUGGCCCCGACAUCAUGAACAACCCGGAGGACAAAUCUCUUCCUGCUUGGAUUACGCAUCCAAACUUUGCGAGAGAUGCUUGGUCUAUCAUGACGCCGACAAGUCUGGUGACGUUCUUUGUGAGAGCACUGUAUCUCAUGAUUGUUUUUGCCGUUCGUCAAUUGCCUGCACACCUGAAGAUCCAAGUUAGCACUUCUGAGUUUCUUUCCGCUUUCUCUUACGAAGAGGAUGGAGAGCGCAAGACCGUGGGAGACUGGGAGUUUGCACCGCAUAUCAAUGAUCCGCUUCGUAACACCAAGCGCAGAUCUGCGGCAAAAGAGUGGAACGAGUUUUCGGAGAAGGUCAACAGCGUCAUACCACUGUCAGUCGUUCGUCAAGACAGACGCGCCCAGCGAAUCGAAAGGGGUGAAGUCCUUCCUCCUAUCUUCAAUAUCCAUGAAGAAGAGCCCGAGAACUCUGAGCAAGACGGUGCUGAGAGACCGGAAGCCAAUAACUAUACCCUUGUGCGCUACUUUGGUACAUCAAAGACCGGCACGUCAGGAGAGAUAAAUGGAAGAGGUUCAUCACCGGAGGAGCCCAGCCCUGCGACGCCAGUUUCUCAGCCAGAGAAACUACAGUUGCUCUCCGACCCCCGCGUAUCGCGUGCGGCGCUCUCAAAGGCUUAUCUGGACUGGGUGUCCCAAUUCGGAGUCGCGUUCUGCACGCAAGCCAACACGGAUAUUCUUGACCGCCUUAGCGGAGCGCAUACAACCCCUCUCAUCACCCUCUCUUUCGAUACAUCGGCAGCGACAGUCCUACAUCCAUGGUGGAAUCCACUGAAUGGUCCGAUGCAAGACUGGUCUGCCCCGAGUUCUCCGUGUUUGCGUUUAAACGACGUGCCUGAGAAUGGUCGUGCCAUCUUGAGCCCACAGGCCGUCGAGAGCGACUUCAUCGACGUCUUUCUUCAGACAAAUCCUGGACAAGCGACUAGGCGCCCAAAGAAAUCCUGGAGCUUGGAGAAGUCUGUCGACGCCUCUGCUUUCUUCGAUCCAUCUCAGACACUCAAAACAUCUCUGGAUGGCCUGUCGGCGGCCUGGACGGAUCUACAAAUCAUGCGCAGCGGCUUGUCUGCGUCCGGGAUUGCCAUGAGGUCAUCGGCUGUUGCUCUGAUGGCCAUGGAGGCUAUCGUAUGGGCAAAGUUAGAGUCACUGGCCGCACUCUUCUCUCAAAAGCAAAUGAUUGGCUCUGAGGGAUGUAGUGGCUUAGGCGUAAUCAGCGCUCAUCUCUGGGAUAUGGUCGACUCGCGUGUCACCACUCGCGAGAUCGACAUAGCGCCUCUCCUAUCUGCUUCGACCGCCCAUCACGUCAUACUAGAAGUUCCAGCUGCCCGGACGGCUCGUUCAGACUUUGAGCGUCAGCGACAAGUAUACGCGGGACUGCUGGGCUUUCUUGGCGAUUUCCUGGGAGUUCAAGAUCCACGAGAUGCUCGCCUGCGCGCUUGGCUUGUAUGGCUUGUGGUCGACGUUUGGGGUUUCGAUGCUCUCUACCACGUCUGCGUGUGGAACGCAUGGAGAUUCCCACAGACACGCUGCAUAGUUGGGCGUCUUGCUACCAAACAGCCAUCGCUCGACGACAUGCUUCCUCUUGUUGGCCUGAUAUCCAAGGCGAAGUCAUCACCCGAUCAUCCUCUGUCUGCGCUUGCAACUUUGUCGCUAGAGGCAAGCGUGUUCGAUAACAAGGCCCGUGUCAUGCAUGUCGCGAAAAUGUUCGACUCGAUCAUGGGGAAGGCGUAUAGAUGGAAGACAAGUUCAAAUGACAGUGUAUGGGAUCCUCCGGAUGGUGAAGCUAUCCUUCGCUCGCUGUAUCUCUCAGGCCUGCUAGUGGGAUUGCCAUUCGAUGAACGCGCUAGAUCAGACGUCGAAGGUAUCAAGUCUUUGGUAUGGAAGGGAAGGCGGCAAAAUCUGGAGUCUGCCGACAAAGAGUUCCUGCUCGCUGCAUCUCAAAACCAAGACAUGUACCUGCCUUUCAAGGAGUUACAGCCAUCUGCCCAAUGCAUGCGUAGCCUGUUCAGUGGGCAGGAGAAAGACGUCAUGCUCACUGAUCUGGGUUUCAAGAAUGCAGUCGUCACACGGUUCCUCUCUUACAACGCGCCUUUCCUCCUCUCCGGGAAGCAAAGCUUCUUUACUAGCCUUGAGGACUUACUUCGGUCCGUCGAGAGCGAAGCUGGAAGAGGCGAAGAAUACUUCGUCUCGGGACGCAUCUACGGGAGAAAUCUCUAUAGGCACCCAAAGAAUGCGCAGGCGGUCUGGGAUAGCUGUACCUUUCCUUCAAGCGCAGGGAGGUCCUUCAAACGCUUCUGGGCAUUGCUGCAUGAGGGCGUUGGCCCUCAACAUGAGUUUAAGGUUCGAUUCGUGGGUCCCCUCCUAGCUCUGCAUAUCGCAGGCAAGUCCUUUAACUAUGAAAGUAGAGCUCGACAUUCUAAUGCUUUAUACCUCUCAGGGGACUAUUUUGCAGCAGGACAUCUAGAAGAGCCCUCCUUCGAUGACAUGGCUGAGAUCAUACGCACUGUCAACAGCGGUGGUGUCAAGGGCUUGCGUGCGAUGGGUUUCAUUCCUAAUGAUAUUCCAGACCCAGGCAAAUCUAGUAAGUAUGACCUACGCGUGGUGCAGAGAGCUUUUUCGGACUACUAUAAAUGGGUCAGUAUGAGCGUCGACCCUGUCGACCUACAGAGUUGGAAGUGGAAUGUAGUCACUGGGGAAAAUCAUCUCUGUAAACACACCCGGCUUUUGGGUGUUAUCAAACCGCUCGCGGGUCCUAUGACCUAA